UGUACAGAGGGCACUUUGGCAACCAAGGAGCUCAAGCAUUUCAGGCAAGAGAAAUAGAACUUGAGCCAGUCGCUGUACAUUCACGGAACUCCAUCCUGUCUAUGCGGACAAGACUGUUGUUGGAACAGUUAGUGACCAGCAGAACUGUUACUCAAGCCAAACACUUGACACUAUACUGGCCCCCUCCUGUUUGGGUGGAAGUGGCAGUGGUUGGGAUAGUUAUCUAGUAAGCAGCAGAAAACUCGAGUCAGACACUGGACAUGUACUGACAUCAAAACUGUCUAGGUGGAAGUGACUGUGGUUCGAAUAGUUGUCUAGUAGGCUACAUAAAUAUAAUUCUAGAUAGACACUGGACAUGUACUUACCUCCCUCUUGUUGUGUUAAAAGUGAUUGUGGUUGAAACAGUUGUUUAAUGAGCAGUAGAACUGUAACUCAAUCCAAACACUUGACCCUAUACUGACCAACCUUCUGAUAAAGUGGAAGUAACAGUGCCUGGAAUAGUUGUUAAGUCAAGAAUUACAAGCCGCAAGGUCAAGGUCGCAAAGUCAGCCAGUGCAGUAAAGUGACUCCAAUUAAUGAGCUGACUGACAUGCAGCCCACAGACCUACAGGGACUGUCAGUGGAGCUGGAAACUGUUCUGGGAGAAAUCAAAAGCCUUCAGAUCAGUCAGGAGCUCAGUGUUCAGGCAUUGCUAAGAACAUAUAAGGAACAUGGGGCAGUCAUGAUAGAACAAAUGCGUGGCAAUUUAAAUUUUAAUAUAGAUAAUAUAGAUGAGUGUGGUAAUAGUUAUGUGAGUACAUCGGGCGGACAUGAGCAAUAUUUAAAAGAAGAGAUGUGUAGGAGUGUUCUUUUUAUCUUGAAUGAAUUUGAUAAUAUUACUGUGAAGGAACUAAACGAGAUGAGAGAUGAAGUUAUAAGCAUAAAAGGGUCAAUUACAAGUUCUAUUCAUAAAUGCACCAGUCUUCACAAUGACUUGUCACAUUUCCAUGAAUUUGUUCAGAAAAUUGGAGAUAAUAAGGAGCUCUGCCUUAUAGCCAGCAUAAAAUGUAAGCAUAUAAUACAGCAGGCAUUAACUCUGCUAGGAAAGUCAGGCAAGGUGUUUAAUGUCCAGAGUAUUACUAAGCAUAAUGUGAGAAUACCAAGUGAUAAAGAUGUAUGUUAUAUCAAUGGCAUAUGUGUUCUUCCUGAUGGGCAGGUACUGGUUGUAGACAACUAUAAUGUGAGAGUCAAGCUGCUGAACCUGCAGUACCAGGUGGUGAGUCACUGGGAUGUGAAUGCUUGGCCAUUGAACAUUUGUUUGAUCACACCCAGUGAGGUUGCAGUGGCUGUGAAUACUAGUAACAUACAUGAGGUCCAGUUUAUCACUGUCAACCAGGGAAAGCUUGUUUCUGGCAGGAAGUUUCAGUUACAACAUGAAUGUACAUGUAUUACCCAUCACCAAGGAGACCUUUUUGUCCCCUCUGGUCAAGAACUGUACAAAUACUCACUGAAUGGCAAACUGAUCUGCAGACUCUACCAAGAUAGAUCAGCUGAUUUGACAGUAUACAAGUGUGCUGUGAGUCCCACAGGAGACAGGCUGUACAUCAUCAGCUACUGGCAGCACAAGCUUCUCACCCUGGCCAGGGAUGGCACACUCCUGGCUACAUACACAGACCCAGCACUAGUGUGCCCAGAUGGUCUACAUGUGACCCCUGCAGGCCAGGUGCUGGUCUGUGGAUACCUGUCCCCCCACACUGUACUACAGGUGGGCUGGGAGGGAGAGAGUAAGCUGGCUACGCUGGCUACUAUGAAGGAUAGAGUGUGGUGGCCAGUGUCUGUCUGCUACAGCAGCACCACAUCAUCCAUCAUUGUGGGACAGAAAAGCGACAGAAUCCUGGUGUUCAGAGUGGAAUAGUGUGUACAUUCGCUGCUGAGUCAGGACAAGGAUGCUGAGGAUGUGGUGGACAAGGAUGACCUGAAUACACAGAAGCAAUUGCUGAGCACAGCGGAAGACUGUUUAAUGAAAGGCUCAGCCGUAUCAAAGUCCAGCAAUGUGCGGGGACGCGGCCUAUCCAUAUCCAUAUAUUACAUCAUUUUAGCUGUCACUUACAAGGGAGAUAACUGUAGAUCUGCACCAGCAGAGAGCACCAGCAUUGAUAUGUAGUUAGCCCAGCAACAGCUCCAGUCCGGCCUGCAGGAGCUCCAGUCCAGGGCGACCCUUCUUCUCUCCUGACCCCAAGCUACUCCCCUAGACCUCCGGCCUCAAAGGGUCAGCAGUGUUUAACAAUUCCGUUCUGCAGGAAAUUCUGAGCACAUCGAGAUUUCAUGUGCUGUUCUCAACUACCGCUAUGUCCGUGUCGAGUUUCCCACACUUGCAUCUGAGUAGUUUUGUUUAGCUGGAGUGCCUGAGUGGGACGAGUGCUAAAGACACCAGGAGUUAUAGCAGUAGUUUUGGUAACGCUAACAGUCAGUUCUCGAUGUUGGACAUCACGAAGAAUGACCAGUUAAAUAACGUGUUCCAUUUUUUUAUGGGACGUACAGAAAUUCAGCAAAGAAUUUGAGAAAAUCAAGAAACAAUUCAAGCCAUAAAUUCAACAGUGUUACCUUGCCAAGGGGAAUACUUUUGAUGUUAAUAGUGCGGGCAACAGUAGCUGUGCGGACUUUCACGGUUUGUCCUUUCAGGGGAAAAAGUGUCCUAAGAGAAUGCGCUUUUGACGCUAAUGCUGACAAAGGCAGUAAUGACUAGGUUGUGAACAUACAGAACACGAUACAUCAAUGGGGUGUGUUCUUCUGGCGCGAAAUCCGCGAAAUAUUGGAAACACUCUGCUAAAAGCGAACACGUGCGUUUUGUUACGAGAACUUGAAACUCCGAGCCCAAAGGGCAUCGUAUUGAUUCGAGGCUAAAGAAGGCCUUGAAAUAUGACAGCAUUUUUGUUGUAUGAUCCAGAGCGCCAUUCGACGCUCAACCGAAGUUAAUCAGAACUCAAACUCAAUCCUUAACAAUAUCAGUGAGGCCAGCGUGUCAUCUCAGCUUGUUGAGCUUCAGCAAACAUGAGCCAACAAGACAAACAUUAUUGUACAAUCCCGACCCCCUUUUGCAAAAAUACUACAACUCUCUCAAGAAAUUCAGCACGAAAUCCUCUUGUGUCAGCCUUACAUGCUUCCUAUCAAGAUAUUUUCCCAUGUUUGCUUCAUCAACACUUCCAACAGCGGAUCCUUGGUAAUUUAGACUUCCGUUCCAGCGUGGAUGGGGCUUAGCAAUAAAUUGAUGCUGGGCAACGGCAAAUUGUUCGGGACGAGUCGCUCGAACGGAAACGAUCUGACCCAACAGAUAGCUUAUAGUGAUGUGUCCAUUAAUGUGACUGACCUCGAUAUGUUGCUUUUAAAUAAUGCGAACCUUACACCAGAAGAACAGUCUGCGAGCAAUUUAAGCCAUUUAACAACCGUUGUUGUCUGGAAUUCACGGCUUUGGGUUGACGAAUUUGGCGUCAGGACUUGCUCUAUCUCUGUCUACGGCAGCAGCAGCAGAAACAACAAAAAAACAGAUUGGUAACCAGCUGUACAACAGGCUCUCUUGCCAGCUGGGCCCAGACACCCAGGGACACUUCCUUCGCAUGGGUGGUGGUGGGUGGCUCUCGGCGAAGGACUUUUGGGCAGUUCAACGUGUCCUACUCGCAGAAUGCAGCCAAUCUAAACAUGGGGCUCCACAUUUUCCUGGUCAAGAUUACCUUAUCCAAAUAGUAGAUUGAAGCCUUAUCCUCAAAAGUUCAGGUCCAAAGAAAGAUGGUGACCAACUGCAACUCAGCCACUUCAUCUCAAUAGGUAAGUUCUUGUGCCAUUGCAAAAGGGGCCACUAUGGCAAAGCAUUCAGGAGACCCAGUCUCAAUAGCCUAAGACGUUAGAUGCAAUAAAGCUUUAAUAAGCAGGUUAAACCUAAUUCAAACUUUGGUUUCUGCUCAUCAUUUAAUUGACCAGUUUAUCUUAUUUCAAUUUAGGAGUUCAGCGAUAAACUCUUGUAUCGAAUAUAGAAAGAAGAAGUUUCAAUUUUAACCCUCAAUAUUGCAUUUUAAAUUGAUCAUACAGAGCUAUAUUAACACUCAAAACAACAACACCAACAAACAAUUUAUCAGCAGGUACCAACAUAUUUGACUCUUUAACUCUUUACAAAAUCAGGUCCCAUACUAAUUGUAAUUAUGAUUCUUUUUUCUGCGUAGCUGUUUAAUGUCACUUUUGAACUUAGGUGUCCUUUAGGUAAUACAUUAAUAAAAAUGCCCGCGGCUACCCAUGAAUGAAUACACUUAAUUUAGUCCAUUGGCUGAUUUGAGAAUACCACCAGAACAUUGGAAACACGGCCGUGUCUUUCUAACACAGUUUUACUGCGUGUUCAGCAUGAAACAAUUUUAUAUUUCUUAUGAAAAGGCAUGAUAGAUAGAACAGUUUAACACUCAACUCUUCACAUCAAUACAAUUUGUGCGUAGAUUCUACACCAUCGUCAGUUCGCGGUUAGUGCGUGUGAAUGUCAGAGUUUAUAUACAGGUCAUUACUGCGUUAUAUAUAAUAAAGACGCUAUAGCGUGAACUAGCUGAACUGGAAUUUUCUUAAGACCAGAAAGAUGUUAAAUGAAGAUAUCCAGCGAUAUAAUUAUGGUAUGUCAAUAAUAGAUUCUUUAUGUGUUUUCAACAAUACCAUAAUAAAUAUUAUUUUUAAUUAAUUUAACAAGAAUUAUUCCACCAUAUUGACUAAUGUAUUAAGAAUGAGCGCGAUGAUUCUCGAUACUGUCUAUACUCGAAUCAAAUAGCAAUGCCCGACAAACCACUAAAACAGGUUUGUUUAAAGAACGCGCGUAUAAAUAUUUAAAAUAUGUACGGAUACUUCGCAUGUGGCCGGUUGACUCAAAUGUUUUAAUUUCACUUCCAUUAUUCUUUUGGUUUUCUGUUUUGUAUCUAUAGGUUUAUGACCAGCAAGAUGUAAUAAUGUAAAAUAAGCCGCCAAAACUCCACGUAACAUCCCGUUCUGCGUGUGAUGCAGCUAAGAACUGCACCGAAAAAGACAUUCGCUAUCCUUGAUCUCAUUCAUUGAACUCUUUACCUUUCAUAAACUCCAACCACAAUCAACGCCGUAUAUCAUUUUAAAAGAUAUUUCUUGUUUACCAUUGAUGCAUAAGAGAGUUCAGUGAUGUCUAUAGCUUUGAAUAAGAUGAAUUUUUCUGUUGUCAAUAUCUGUAUAUCAACUUUAAUGACCAAUUGUGACCUAUCCACAUUGUGAUUAUAGUUUUAAUGGGAAACAAAGCACAUGCCAGUAAUGGUGUAAGUAGCUUUUCAUUGAUUGCAUCAGGAAUCGCCCAUAUGACUAUUACACCCAGAACAAUCCUAAAUGUUACGUGUUGCAAAUCAACACAUUUAAUGAUCAUUUUAGUUGAUUUGAGCACGAAGUUCUCAAAGUGAGAAAUUGUGAUCACCUUAUGAUAGGGAUCAUGCUGUGUGCUGCUUCAACUUAUAGCUUGUUACCAAUCUAGAAGCAUGAGUUGUUAUUGAAUCUUGAUGAAACUUGAUCUGAAAUCUUGACAUUAUCUAUGCCAAUUUGCAUCGUGUUAACAUGCAUCCUAAAACUAGGUCAUCUAUUCAAAUAACAGAAAAUCAUGGUUGACACUCUAGAGUCUAGACGUCACGAUUAAGAUUCAAUCUUGAUGAAACUUAGCCAGCGUUUGAAUCAGGGCCACUUGUGUAAAAAUAAACUUGGUGUCAAGGCUCAAUAAUGCUGAAAUAUGGUCAGAAUGCUUUCUUGGCAUUUUAAUUAAACACCGCUAAAUUCCCCCUUAACUUGAUUUUGCUAAGAAGAUUUAUCUUUAAACGAAAAAUGCAAUAAAAGCUUGGUUUUCCCAGCAAGGCUCAUGUAUUAUAGAAUUAUUGUGGCAGCUGCAUGUGGGCUGUUGGGCAGUGGCCGCACCUAUAACCUCUGCUCUCUGUUUUAAGACAAUUUAAAUCGGAUCUUCAUGAAAGUUAUUCAUCAUGUUUGUAGGCUUAAUAAAAAUGUUCUUGUCUAAUGAAGGCAAAUUGACCGUUCUGCAAUGAUUAAUAAAAACCAGUCUUCUGCAGUAGUGUAGUUUUUUUCUUCAUUUUUAGGUAUACAAACUGUCUGUAAAAUUGCGACUUGUCUUAGCAUAAAUGCAAUUAGAAUUUAUUUAAUUUUCCUAUUUUUUACAGCUCAUACAUUGCAUAACUGUGUAAUGCUUUGAAUAGUGUAUCGCACGUGUCUAUUUAAAUGUCAAAUAUUGACUUGCCUUCAAGGUAGGACAUUGCAGUGAAUAGAAGCAUGACUUUCUGCUGAUGCAACUAGAUAUUCACUUUGAUUUCAUAUGACAACAAUUGCCAGUAAACAAGGCACCCUUCCUAAACCCUCGCCGACUGCGCUAAACGGGAACCUUAAUAUACAUGAGAUUCCAGGCGGAAUGUAAAAUCUGUACCACUCUGAUCUCCAGUAGCAGCCCCAGCCGUGGGAGGCCGAUUCAUGAUGCACCUAUGGCCUUAAUUAUCUCUGAACAUCCCAACCUCACAUGACCUGUAGGGCGGGGAUGUAUAUAAAUGAUCAUUAAAUCCCACAAACCAAGGAGAGGUUAUAUUGGAGUCAAUUUUAUGGGAAGGGGGGUUAACUAAACGUGUGCCCACAGUUGCACAGAGCCGUUGGUUUGUGUUCAGUGUCAAGCAGUAUCCUAGCAAUCAAGCCAAGUCAGCGCAGCAGCAACAACAGAUGCAGCAGCAGUCGUACGCAAUACAUCAGCAGCACUGGUGCAUAUGCAUUAAACUAUAAAGAAGAAAACCAGAUAACAAAGCGUUGAUUUUGUUCUGGAUGCAUUAGCAGUCACAGUACAUGAACAGACAGUAGUCAUCGUCUCGAGAUUCUGGCCCCUGAACCAUCAGUCUAUGAACAUAAUGCAGAGCAAUCUAGGGACGCCAAUUGACGAAAUCAAACUGACCAAUCAGCAACAAAGCCUGUUGCAGCAGUUGUUACCAUAUUGACCCCAGUCAAAUCAUGGAAGCUUAGACAUAAAUACUGUUUAAGAUGUGCCAGUCUCUACAGACCUCGUGGUCUGUUAAGCACUUACUCUGACAGGUCUCAUCUUCGGAUUUUGUGAUG